UGCCAGAAGCAGUUUGGUGAAGCGGAACGAUUUCUGUGGUUCCUGUUUGGACGGCGGACAUGUACGAGAGUCGGAACGGUCCCCUGAUCGGAUCGGGUCUGCCGUGAUAUAGCCCUCCCCGCCGAUAUGGAGCACGCUGGUAUUGGCGAGGCAGCUGUGUCGGAGCAGUCCUGGGUGCCCGUGCAGGUGGAGAACAGCGAGCUCCUGGCCAAAGCCUGGUUCGGGGACACUCGGUACCGGGUCCUGCUGAGCGACCUGAACUGUGUAUGGGAAGAGGAGAUGCAGGCAGAGGCCAUCGGAGACAGAGCCAAGGAGCUGAAUAAGCGUCUGCGAGCGCCGGUCCAGGCCUUCUUCUCCCACCUGCGGCGCGUGGCACAGCCUCACCUCUCCGGCCAGGCUGGACAUCACCAUGACGACGUGGAGGCGCAUCUCUCCCUCCUGCGCCAUGACGACCGCCUCACGGUCCGGCUCAAGAGCGAGCUGGCGGGGGUGCCGUUCCACUGGGAGUUCCGACUCAGGCCCGCCCCUGUUACAAUGGUGUGCAGGCAGCUAGUGCGCCCUCUGCUGACCAUCACACAGGUACUGCAGAGGCAGGUGCAGGAGCUCACUGGGCUGCUGGUCAGGAAGGACGCCGAGAUACUGGACUACAAGGAGAACGGAGCCGUGCUGACCAGAGGACGGCUACUCACAGAGGUGUUUGAUGAGGACACAUACAGACAGAACUUCUUCUCACAGACGCUGCCCCAGAUGAGAGCUGUGCAGGAGUGUGUGGCCUUCAGCCCUGAGCUGCAGGAGCUCUACGCGGCCGUGAGCACCCAAGAUGGCCGCCGCAAACGCCGCCGCUCCAGCUCCGGCUCCAGCUCCGCUAACGACACACACGCUUGA